AUGGAGCCCAAGCACAAAGAGCUGCUGGCCCAGUGCCACCAGAGCCUGGCCCAGGCCAUGACCGAGGUGGACCAGGUGGUCGAGCUGCUGGAGGCGGCGGGGGCCCUCACCCCCAGGGACCUCCUCCAGCUGCGGGCGGCGGGAGCCAAAGAAGGGGAAGGCCAGGGCCAGGAGGAGGGCGGCGGGCGGGAGCGGUCCCCCUCCUCCGCCUCCUCCUCUUCCUCCACCACCUCCUCCUCCUCCAAGGCCAACCUGCUCAUCCAGCUGCUCCUGGGCAAGGAUCGGGACCACUUCCAGGACCUGCGGGUGGCCCUGGAGAAGACGCAGCCCCACCUGCUCGCCAUCCUCUACCUGAACAACGCCCAGAGUGAAGAGACAGCCGGGUCUACUUACAGCGUAUUGUCCAUAAUGCCAUCAGACUCUGAAAGCAGCAGUUCUCUUAGCAGUACUGGUACAAAACCAUUAUCGCCACCUCCUCCAGUCGUGGAUGUAGGGCAGCUGAAUGAGAAACUAGAAACAGUUUCGUUUCAGCUUCGCAUAGUCACUCGUGAACGGGAUGAGUUGCGGAAACGCCUGGCACUCUCCUCUCCUGGGUCCACCUUUGAUGACUGCAGGCCUACUCCCAAACCAAACCAUGAUUACGAACGACUGAAGAAACAGUGUAUGAAGGCAAUGUCAGACCUACAGUCUUUGCAGAAUCAACACACGAAGACACUAAAAAGAUGUGAAGAAGCUGCUAAGGAGGCUGAUUUCUAUCAUACGUUACACAGUCGUCUGCUGAGUGACCAGUCACAACUGAAAGAGGACAUGGACACUUUGAAGCGGAAGAACAGUCAGUUGGUACGAGAGCACAAUCACCUCCAGCAGUCUUGCGAGGAAAUGAAGAGGCUUCAUGAUGAGGACCAGAAAGAGAUAGCAAACUUGCACAGUCAGCAGCAGCAGGUUAUGAAACAGAUUGGCUCAUCAGAAAUGCUAAAUAAACUCUAUGAUACAGCGAUCGACAAGCUAGAGGGCAUGAAGAAGGAUUGUGAAACACUAAGGAAGCGGUACAAUGAGAAGAUAUCAAGCCACAAUACUGAUCUAAGCCGGUUAGAACACAUGGAAGAGGAGAACAGACGUCUUCAGAAACAGAUUGACAUGUUGAUGAAACAGCGGGACACAGCAAUACAUUUCCAGCAACAAUACUCCUCCUCUCUCAGAAGAUUUGAAUCAGUUCAGCAAGAACUCAGCAAAGCCAAUUCCCAAAACAAGGAGCUGGAGAGGGAGAUGGAGCGGUUGCAGACAGAAGUGACCCGGUUUAAAACUAUGCAGUUGAAAGCCGUAAAGGAUGCAGAGAAGUACAAGGAUGAGAGGGACUCUGUGUUCAGUGAGUACCGUCUCAUCAUGAGCGAGAGAGAUCAAGUUAUCAAGGAAGUAGAUAAGCUCCAAACAGAGCUGGACCUUGCAGAAUCCAAACUGAAGAACACAUCCUCAGAAAAAAGAGUGGCUAGUGAAGAAAUGGAGGCGUUAAGACAGGAGCUGAAUUCUGCCCUAGUGGAUAGAGAUCGAGCAAUCUGUGAAAGGAAUGAACUCUUGGAAAAAUACUGCCAUGAAGUGAAAGACAAGGCUGAGGCCCAGAAGGAGUUGAAUCAGGCAUGCAAAGAUAUUCAGAUAGUAAGGGAAGAGAGAGAUGUGGCCAGGAAGGAAAGAACAGAAGCUAUCAUCCAGAGAGACCAUUUGCUAAGAGAAUACUACCAAGCUCGCCAGAUACAAGAUUCUGCUACACUGGAUAUAGAAAGAGCUAACAAAGAAAUUGAAAUGCUCCGAAAGCAAUAUGAGGCAAUGUCACAAGAGUUAAAAGAAGCUGUGCAGGAAGCAGAAGUAGCAAAAUGCAGGCGAGACUGGGCCUUCCAGGAACGCGACAAAAUUGUUGCAGAACGCGAGAGUAUACGGACUCUGUGUGAUAACCUAAGGCGGGAGAGAGAUCGAGCAGUGAGUGACCUGGCUGAGGCUCUUCGCAAUCUGGAUGAUAUGAGAAAACAGAAGAAUGAUGCUGUGCGUGAACUGAAAGAACUGAAAGAGAAGAUGGAGAAUCAGUUGGAGAAGGAAGCAAGGUUUCGGCAGUUGAUGGCCCACAGUUCUCAUGAUUCAGCCAUUGAUACAGAUUCUCUAGAGUGGGAAACGGAAGUGAUUGAAUUUGAGAAAGAUCGGGAAGAUAUGGAUUUGAACGCCCUUGGAUUUGACGUAGCCGAAGGGGUGAACGAGCCAUAUCUUCCUGGGGACCGUGGAAUAUUUGUGACCAAAGUGGACAAAGGAAGUAUUGCAGAUGGUCGAUUAAGAGUGAAUGAUUGGCUGCUGAAGAUAAAUGAUGUGGACCUGACCAACAAGGACAAGAAGCAAGUAAUAAAAGCAGUACUUAAUGGUGGAGGAGUUAUUAAUAUGGUUGUUCGUAGAAGGAAAUCUUUAGGAGGGAAGGUGAUAACACCGCUGCACAUCAAUCUUUCUGGCCAUAAAGAUAGUGGAAUUGGCCUAGAAAAUGGAAUAUUGGUUGCUACCAUAGUGCCUGGUAGCCCAGCUGCCAAAGAGGGGUCCCUCACAGUAGGAGAUAGGAUAAUUGCCAUAAAUGGCAUUUCACUUGAUAAUAAAUCACUGACUGAAUGUGAAGCAUUGCUGCGAAACUGCAGGGAGUCUCUUACUCUUUCAUUGAUGAAGGUUUUUCCUCCGAGCUCAAGCUCAUCAUGGAGUGGUCAAAACAUUUUUGAAAACCUGAAGGAUUCAGAGAAAAUAUCGAACUGUAGGGUUCAUGGGACUGAGGUACAAGCCCAGAAUAAGAGAAAUCUAAAACUUAACAGCUCAACCCAAACUGACAUUUUCAAUCCUGACAUAAUGGAUGUCAAGAAGGACCAGAGUGACCAAGAGGGCAGUGGUUUGUAUUGUGAUCUCAGACAGUUCUCCAGCAACGUUCUACACACAAGCUCUCACCGGAACACAGUCCACGGAUGCCAUAGUAGCUCUGAGCACAGCCUUGGCUCCUUUAAUCCAGAUGUGUAUGGGGAGCCCAGCUAUGGUAUUGUUAACAUAGACAGCAGGAGGCUACCAUUCGAAUCCACAGUUGCAGACUGCAUUAUGGUGGAGAGCACUUUAGAUAAAGGGCAUGGAGGGAAACACAGUGGUGGCACCUGGCCUAAAGUGGUGGUCAACAUUGCUGCAAUGGAAACAGAAAAGUUCUCUGUCUACAAAAAGCCGAAACAAAGGAAGUCCAUCUUUGAUCCUGACACUUUCAAAAGACCUCUUACCCCACCCAAUACGGAUUUACUGUCUCCCAGCCAGAUAUUGAUAUAUUCGCCCCAGUCCUCCGAAAGUGAAGCCAUAUCCACCCCACCUACCCCUCCUAAGAGAAGUGAUUCUAUUAAGUUUAAACACAAACAGCAGGCAAGUGCUGCUUGUGAAUCUAUGGUCACCACAGGCUCCCCGACUCCCAGCUCUGCGACGAUCCCACCUCCUGUGUCGAUUGAACUCAAGCCAGAUAGUGGCAUUCACAAGACACAAGGAAGAUCUGGACAUUAUUACAGGGAGGAAAGUGUGGAAGCUGCACAUUUGCCUUCAAGGAAAUCCUGCGAAGAUGACAUUGGUUUUCAAAGAAUAGAAGAGCCAGAAAUUAAGAGACCCAGGCCCAAAUCUGCACCUGCAUUGAGACAUAAACUAACCCCUGUGGUCAUUCCGAAUGCAUCUCAUCAGGUACAAAAAUACACUCCAGCAAGCGAUGAGCAUCUUUCUCCUGAGCUACAGGAGUGGCCAACAUAUUCCCCAAAACGGUCUAGUAGACAUAGUGAUGGGUUCGUGCCUGCAUCUUUAUACCCUGGAAGCCUAUCUGCGGGUACGGUGCCAAGGAACAUCACACCAUGUCCUGCAGUAACUGCUGUUCUAAGGAAUCCUGUUUAUACUGCUCGGAGCCAUAGGGUUAGCACCACCAAUUGUCCUUCUGUUGCCAGCCAGUAUUGCCAUCAGCAUCUUCAUCCCAGUGCUCAGCACCAAGGCCGCCUGAGUCUGGACUUAAGCCACAAGCACUCCAGUGAGUGUUCUGAAAACUCACGCACAAGAUCAUCCCAUGGCUCAAAUUCACUUCCGUCUAGUGCAAGACUUGUAGGUUCUUCCAGCAACUUGCAAUAUAGAACGGAGCGAAUAAAAAUACCUUUGACGCCAAGAUAUCCGAGGUCCAUAAUUGGCUCUGAUAGGGGUUCAUUGUCACACUCUGAAUGUAGCAGCCCAGGCCUGAUAACUCCUCCGCAGUCACCACUAAACUUGGAGACCUCAUCGUUUACUAGUAGCCAGUCACAGAAUUCCCUUUCCACAAUGCCCAGGAUUUCAGUGAGUCCAAUAUCAAUAGGACAACGUCGAAAAGACAAAUAUUUGUUCCGUAAUAGGUCUUUUCUGAGAAUCCCUGUGGCUCCUAGGCCAAGGUUCUGUUCACUAAGGAGUUUGAGGCCAUAUAUGGAAGAACCACGUCAUGUAAAAGUACAAAAGGGCUCUGAACCACUUGGUAUCUCGAUUGUGUGUGGUGAAAAUGGUGGAAUAUUUGUAUCAAAAGUGACGGGUGGCAGCAUUGCCCAUCAGGCUGGCCUAGAAUAUGGUGACCAGUUAUUAGAGUUCAAUGGAAUAAACCUGCGGAAUGCUACCGAGCAACAGGCACGGCUGAUCAUUGGGCAGCAGUGUGACACCAUAACUAUUCUGGCACAGUACAACCCACACAUGUUCCAGCUGGGUAAUCACUCACGAUCAAGCUCUCGACUAGAACCUGUGAGCAGUCAUUCCACUCCACAAGGCAGUGGUGCUGCCACCCCUGACAGUCAUUCCAUAAUUGACACUGUGAGCGAACAGGAUGAAGGGACCAUGACGCCCCCAUCCAAGCAAACCACUCCAACGACCACUCCCCCCAACUCAAUGCGCAAUUCUAUGGACGCAACCAAGAAGACCCCUGAACCUAGGACUGUUACCCUUAAGAAGUCUCAAGCGGAACUUGGAAUUCAAAUCUGUGGUGGAAAUUUAUAUGGCAUAUUUGUGUCUGAUGUUGAAGAAGACAGCCCUGCCAAAGGCCCUGAUGGAUUGGUGCAAGGAGACAUGAUACUUGAGUAUGGUUCUGUUGACAUGCGGAAUAAAACAGCAGAGGAAGCGUAUCUUGAAAUGCUUAAGCCAUGUGAAAAUGUUAGAAUAAAAGCUCAGUACAGAGUGGAAGAAUUCAGCAAGAUCAAAGAUUUACCUGGAGACGGAUUCUAUGUCAGGGCACUUUAUGACCGGUUGGCAGAAGUAGAGCAGGACUUGAGCUUUAAAAAAGAUGACAUUUUAUAUGUGGAUGACACUCUUCCACUGGGAAACUUCGGUGGCUGGAUGGCAUGGCAGCUAGAUGAGAAUGCCCAAAAGCUGGAAAGAGGACAGAUUCCCAGCAAAUACAUGAUGGAACAGGAAUUCUACAGGAGGCACAGCAUGUCUGAAACAAAAGAUGAUAACAGCUCCACAAAGACUUCGUCAGCAGCAGCUCGUAGAUCGUUCUUUAGAAGAAGGCAUAAACACAAACGCAGUGGGUCCAAAGAUGGAAAGGAUCUGCUGGCCCUUGAUACUAUCAGCACUGACUCAAUUCCCUACUUAGAUGACACCGUAAGUCUUGCUUAUCAACGAGUUCAGAAAGUGGAUUGUACUUCUCCCAGGCCUGUGCUCAUACUUGGGCCAUUAUUGGAUGCUGUGAAGGACAUGUUGGUCAAGGAAUCUCCAGGAAAAUUCUGCAGGUGUCCUCUUGAGGUGAUGAAAGCUUCUCAACAAGCCAUCGAGCGGGGCGUGAAAGACUGUCUAUUCAUAGAUUAUAAACGUAGGAGUGGACAUUUUGACGUGACAACUGUUGCCUCAAUAAAGGAGAUAACAGAGAAGGACUGUCACUGUCUCUUGGAUAUCGCUCCUCAUGCUAUUGAGCGGCUCCACAGCAUUCACAUUUAUCCUAUUGUCAUCUUCAUUCGAUACAAAAAUGCCAAGCAGAUCAAAGAGCAAAAGGAUCCUAUCUUCCUGAGGGACAAAGUUACACAGAAACAUUCCAAAGAACAAUUUGAAGCAGCUCAAAAAAUAGAGCAGGAAUAUAGCAAGUAUUUUACAGGGGUUGUCCAGGGCGGUCCACUUUCAACCAUUUGCACUCAGAUCAUGACGAUGGUUGAUCAAGAACAAAACAAAGUCCUGUGGAUUCCAGCUGGGUCUCUAUUCACACACACAUAAACCAUUGAUCGGGUUUUCUGGUCCCUGGCUGCCUGUACGUUGGGUGAAAAGGAGAGUUCCUCAUGAGCAAGGUGGGCCUGGAAACCAACAAGCAUAUCGCUGACAGGAAUUGCUUGCAGUACAAAAAUGGACAAAUAUAGAAUUUCCUUUUUCCCUGAGAAGACUUUUUGAUGCUGCAAAAACAGAGAGGGAGAAAAAGAAAGGAAGGAAGGAAGAAGAGAAAACCUUUUAGGAUACGUUUACACCCCCCCACCCCAAAUAUUUGGUGGUUCUUGUUUACUUGAAUAUAUUUUUUUAACUAUCUGGGUUCUUUCCUUUCCCUCCCACCUUUUUCUUUUCUGAUACAAAAACAAGAGUAGAGUUUCUACAUGCUGAGUGAGAAUGACUUUUACAUGAAGUGUGAUUCUAUCCUUUGGUGUUCAGAAAAAACACAUGAAUUGUGAAUGGUUUUCUCAUAGGUACUUGUGUCUUGGAGUGAAUUUGGGGGCAAGGGGGAUGGAGGGAGAAGCACUUCUCCAGCACAUGGGUCAGGCCACUGUUUGUGUUGCAUAAACUCUUUUGUCACUUAAAAGUUGUUGCUUCUUUUGUGCAUGAAUUUAAUACUUAAAUGUCACGAUGUAUCCAAUCAAACUGUGCUACUUUGUGUAUUCAAAAUACUACUAAUAAUAAUUUUGAGUUGCUGGGCCUGCAUUUAGCAGGAAAUCAGAAGGGGUUCAUAGCGGGGCCUAGAUUGCUUUAUUUUAUCACAUGUAGACAGUCUAUGUAAUUGGAAGCUUAUGUUGCUCAAGCUUUGUUCUUUGGAGUGUAAUAGCCAUAGGGUUUUUAAUAAUAAUAAUAAUAAUAAUAAUAAUAAUUAGAAGCACAGCCUAGGUUCUUGGAACUGGGCAACAUAUAGAGUAAUCUCAUAACUGUUAGUCAUGUCAUUGUUCUAUAGAUGAUAGUAUGCAUUUGUUUUGGUUUAUAUAUAUUUUAUUACCAUUUGUAUUUCCUGCUGUACCAAAUUCCAUUGUAUGUUUUCCUUUUUUGCACUUCUGGUUUCAUUUUUCCAACUGUAUGUUUUUUUAUUUUCCCUUUAAAAAUGCAUGUCAUGUUUUGUAGGUACUGUAACCUUAUUGUUAAAACAUUUGAAUAGGGUUGCAUUUGCGAUAAUUUCCUAACAUUUCAUUAUACAGAUAUUUUUCCUUUGGCCCUUCAGUUUUUAUUUUGUCUUCUUUUUUUAUUUGCAUUAAUUAAAAAAGGGAUUCUUCUUGCACAGUUGUUCUAUGAAAAAAAUGGUUGGAAAUGUUAAUCUCUGUUUUGCAGAUACUAUUUUAUAGUUCAAAAUAUGGGAGAGAGAAGAAAAAUGUAGAAAGGCUAUUGAUAAAUUCUUAGUUGAAAUACUGUUUAUAAGUUGAGGAACAGCAGUUAUAUAUUUUUUUUAAAGAGGGAGGCCAGAGUGGGACUUCAGCGGUACAAUUGAAACAAGCUGGUACUGUUGCAACAUUAAAUUUUCUGUACUAAAAAAAGUCACUUUGUAUCAAAAACAAAAAAAUGUUAAAGAAACUGAGUAUUGUGUUAAAUAAAGGUCAAUUUCUAAUA